AGCCCCUCAGGAGCCUCUGUCCCCUCUGCUGGUAGUUCUUCUCCCAUAAACCUUCCCAGUGGAACCCACAGUCGAAAUCAUAGUCAGGGAGGUAUGUCUUCAAUGUCAUCAUCAAUUAUCAGUUCAGGACGUGAUGAAAAUCUAUAUCAGAGGGGUUUCAAGCCUGUGGAGAACAUUGAAAACUAUGACCAUGAUGAUGAAAUGAACCGGUCCUCACUUAAUGAUGUUCUUGCUGAAAAUAAUUUGCUUAAAAAUGAAGUUCGAUGUUUAAACAAUGAGUUGUCACUAUUGCUCCAUCGUUCAAAAGCUGCAGAGAAAGAGGUGAUUGUUGCUGGACAAGAGUUACGUACUUUGAAGGAAACAUCGUCUCUAAAUGAACAGCUAGUAAAGCAGCUUCACAUGUUACAAAGUCAGUUGAAAGAAAAUGAAGAUAUAAUCUUGUCAUUAACUGCAGAAAACAAAAGGCUGAAAGACGAAUCAACUUCUUCCUCUACUUCGGAUUCAACACUGGCUAAAGAUUUUGCAGCAUCUUCAGAAAGAGUGAAGCAUUUAGAAGCAGAACAUGAGAGCCUUGUUCAAGAGUCCAAUGAUUUACAUCUUCAAAUUUCAAGAUUGCAAGCAAGUAUAGCUGAUGCACUGCAGCAGAAUGACAGGUAUAGGGUACAUAUAGCAGAUAUAACAGGUGAAGCAGAACAGUACCGUGCCAGAGCUACCCGAGUAUUGCAAGAAAAAGAAAAACUUAUUGCUAGUCUACAAGCUCCUAAACAAAAUGAAGAAUUCAGCACUAGAGAGUCCAUGUUUGAUCAAGAAAUUGAACAAUUAAGGGAAGAACUGCAAUUACUCCGUCAAGAUUCAGCUUCCCAGUCAAAACUCCUUCAAUCCGUCAGAAAUGACCUGCAACUAUGUGAGAUUCAACAAGAAGAAAACAGACAAAAAGCCGAAACAGAAAUAGACAGACUUCAAAAGAGACUGCAAGAGGAGCGAACACGAAGAUUACAUGCCGAAGAGGACUGCAGAGUUCAUUUAGAGGAGUUGCAGUCAACUAAAGCAGAAUUAAAUCAGCAAUGUGAUUUCUUGAGAGAUUGCCUACAGACCAAGGAAGCUGAAGUAUCCAGACUCAAGCAACAAGUUCAUACUUCUAAUGAUACAUCGCAAACAAGCAAGGAGACAGGAGAGCUGGAGGCAAGAGUUCGCAGCCUUGCCACAUGUCUUAUGCAGAAACAAAGUGCCUUAGAGGCGAUGAUUGCUGAACGAAACUCUUUGAGAUUAAAUUUGGAAAGAGUUGAGCAAAAACAUCAGCAUUUAUCUGCACCAACUGCAUCAAAUGGAGGAACAGUGCUCAACCUAACUGAAAAUAUUACAAGGCAAAGAGUUCCAACAUUACUAUCAGAGAACCCAAGUGACACUGUUGUGGCAAGGAAAGUUAAAAGAGCAUAUUCGAGUCUGGAUACACUCGGAAUAAGAGUUGGAGCGUUUUUGCGGAGGUACCCUCUGGCCAGAAUUUUUGUUAUCAUCUACAUGGUUUUGCUGCAUUUGUGGGUAGCCUUAGUGCUAUUUUCAUACUCUCCAGAUAUUUCAAGAACGUCAGUAAAGGAUCCCCCAGCAAUUGAUCCAGAGGAACCCAAGGGGGUACGUUAGGAGUAAGAAAUGGUCAGUUGGGUGAAAGAAGUGAACAGGGUAGUAGUUACUGUAAUGAAAAGUUUACAUUUUAUCAUAAUGUUGAAGAAAUAUGAAUAUGUGUAGAUCAGAAGUUUCUACAACCAUUCCAUUUCAAGUGUGCAGCUGUCUAACAUCACUUACUGAUGACUGAUAUUUUAAUCUGACUUUUAGAAUGUACUAUUGCUUUAGUGCCUCUGUUGGCCAACAAAUAUUUUUUUCUGUUUUGCUACCAAUUACUGAUAGUCCACUUUUAAAACACUGUCUUUCUUUCUAGUUUUAAGAGAGAAGCAGGGAGAAAACAUGCUGGUCAUGCAAACAUAUUUUAAACUUAUUUUUAUUGAGUUAUGAUUGAGUAUGUAUGAAAACUUUUUGUUGAAGUUGAUGUUCAGUUCAUAAGUACGAUGCAAGUCUGCAUUUACCCAAUCAGAUCUUAUGAUCAUGAACUUGUAAUGCAUAUAAUUAUUAUUGUAAAAUAUUGGUAGAGGAAAUUUUUUUUCUGACUUCGUAAUUGAAAAAUAUAUUUGAAACAAAAUAAGUUACCUUCAGGGCAAUUGAAACGUCUACAAGCGAAUUCUUGGUACAUCAAGCUCCAUCAGGUCCUCAGCUAUUGUGACUAAACAAUCGCUACAUUCUAAGGCAGCACUGGCCUCUGCCAGUAAUAUAGAGACAUAUGACACCUGAAGAAAGAAAAAAAAACAGCCAACAGUAUUGUUAGAUUGAACAUUUGAAUUCCAACUCUUAAAGAGGUCUUAAUUGCUCUACUCAGACUUACAUUUUUAUCUUCUUCUGUGCCAUCAUCAGUCCCAUCAUCUUCAAUUUUUUUUGGAUCUGUGUCUCCAGCUUCUUGCUGCAGCUUCUCUUCUUCAGAGGGCUCAGAUUUAUAGCGUUGACUGAAGUGAUAUAGAACUAGUUUUCGAACUUCUGCUCUCAAUGCAUAAUCCGCUGCCAUACCUGGUGUUGAGUGUCCAUUUUCAAUAGCCUUUUCUUUCAUGGCAUCUUCGAGAGUAGCUUCAUGAACAAGGACAUCGCUGUUUCUGGAAAAUGACAAGGCAAAUUUUACUAUUUUUCCGUAAGUUAAAAUAUUUUGGUUAAUUAUUAGUUUUGGAAAAUAAAGGUUACUACCUAACCAGAUCCAACAUUUGGUCUGAGUUGUAAGUGUCCCCCAAUAUAGAAAUUUUUCGACCGAGAAUUGGCGGUCCAAUAACGUCAGAAGGGCGAAUCUGAUGGUAUGUUAAGGAUUACCCACUAAAAAGAUACAGAACAUUUGUUUUGUUGGUAAUUGAGUAAGAAGGAUACAACUUGGCCUGAUGGUAGUGUGACUGUCUCUCCUUUCUUUAUUGUGGCACAAAUGGGUCCUGGCUUCAAACCCAUCUCUUUCAAUUUGUCAACAUUCAAUUUUCCAGGCUUUGUACAUUCAGUUAUAACAAAUCCAAAUGUUGGGACUCUAUGUUUAACUCUUCCAGCCUGAACGGUCACUUGAUCAUCCUCAAGUCUGAAACAGAAAUUACGUAGACAUUAAUUAAUUACAUAGUUUAAUAUUAAUCAAGUAGAGGAAAAAUUCUCAGUAUAUUUUUGUAUGGAUGGACAUACUUACAGAUUCCAGAUACCAUUUUCAGCCUGGAUAUCUCUUCCAGAAAGCUCUUGAGGGUGGGGGGGCCCUGUAGCUUCCUGAUUCACACCCCAUGAUGCCCAGUUUCUGGGCAAUUGGUCAUCCAUUGGAAUCAACUCAUGGACCUAUGGAUAAUUUGAAACUUUAAAAUAACUGAUAAAAAAGUUUGUUAGAAUUUUUAAACUGAGCACUUACUCUAAAGGGGAAUGGGAGUGGUGAUCUUGACAGGCACAGGACUUCCCUCACAUAUCUUCUCAGACCUUUAGGUCCAAAUAUUUCAAGAAUGAAGUCUUUACGGUCCAUUACCUGAUUGCCUAGUGUACAUAUAAGCCCAGAUAGGCCAAAAAGCUGAGCGUGUCCAACAAUAAAUAGUGAGAAAUAUUACAUGGGAUAAUGUACCUACUACUAGAGGUAGACUGGUUGAUUUAAAAAUAUAGUUCUACUUACAUGAUCACCAUGUAAAUGAGUAAUAAAAAUUUUGGAGAUGCGGCUAGGUCUUA